AGUUACUUCCAGUUUGAGCGUCGUCUGAAGCGAUCCUCAAAGGGUUUCCACCUUGUCCCCUAGUAAAAUGUUCCUGGUGUUGUUGUCGCUGCUUUUGGCUCACAUUCCAACAGCCUUGACCUUCCUGAUCGGGAACGUUCAGACGUCCCCCUUCACGGGACCAGGCUUUAGGGAGGAAGGACACUUCAGAUAUGCUGCUGUUGCGUCCAACACACACAUUUGUUCACAAGUCGGCACGUAAGGAUAAUAGAUGAUAAACAUUUAAUAACACACAUUGACGCACAUAUUGCUCUUGGUUACCUUUAUAAUGUAUUUGAAAUGUAACUAGUUACUAUAAAUUUGCAGUCCAUAAAAGAUUAGAUUAAAUGGAUGGAAUUUUCGAUGAUAAAUAAAUAUAUAUUUCUCAUAACUUAAAUAAAUUUCUAAUAAACAAAUGUUAGGAUAGAGAAAUGUCUACGAUUCUUGAGCACAUAAUUUCGAGCUCGGAAUUAACCAUAUAAAAAUCAAUUCGGCGUUACUGCAACUAUGGCAUUAUUUACACUUCUUGAAAAAAGCCAUUCUUAUAGACUAAAUGGCCCCUAAAAGAAGAAAACAAAAAAAGUAGGGAUAUGUUACAAAUGUAGAUAUUUAUAUAGGGCAAAUUUGUACAUCAGGCCAUUUAACACGAUAUUUCCGUAACAAGGACAUUUUUUUAACACUUCCAGAGAAAUCAUGGCCAAGAAUGGGGGCAGUGCUGCUGACGCGGCCAUAGCCACGCUGCUAUGUGUUGGGAUGGCCAGGUUCCACAGCAGCGGUCUGGGAGGCGACAGUGUUUGGACACUCUACCACAA